AUGUCGCUUUCGAACCACACGCUGAGACAGCUCAAGUUCAUCGUCCCAGGAGGACUGGCUACUUUCUAUUAUGUCGGUAACCAUCUCAGGUUCUGGCAGGUUGUCACUGGACAAGUCUCCGUAGACGGUUGGGGGAGACUCGCUACGAUAGCAUGCCUGGCUAAUGGACUGCUCACAAUCUCCUUGUUCAUGUACAUUAUGUCUCUGCCAUUACUCAGGGGAGAACAGCCCGAUUACCGUCGCUGGAGAGAGUCCGGCGUGCUAUCUACUGUUAUACCGAUAUUGACUUUCUCCAUUAUCACCGGAUGGCCAUUACUUUCCUAUACUCUAGGCCGUUGGACAGGCCUCGGUCUCAUCGAAGGCGUGAUAGCAGCCUCCAGCCUAUAUGCUCUUACUUUCGGCCUCCUGGGCCUCAUACCCGCUCCCAGAGUUUCGCGAAGAUAA